UUUUUUUAAACAUAGCUUUUUAUGUUGAUACAUUCUGUUGACAAUCUGUCAUGUAGUCCCACAUUGUUUCUUUCUCCGUCGACAGUCUCCUUGACAAAAACAGCCAAGAAAGGGUUGGAAGCAAAACAAAACUUGAUUGAGGAGUUAAGAAAAUGUGUAGACACGUACAGAUACUUGUUCGUCUUCUCUGUGGAGAACACGAGGAACAACAAACUCAAAGAUGUUCGUGCAGCUUGGAAACACAGUCGUUUCUUUUUUGGCAAAAACAAAGUGAUGAUGAUUGCACUUGGUAAAGGACCAACAGAUGAGUACAAGGAUAAUUUGCACAAGGUCAGCGAGUUUCUGAAGGGAGAAGUGGGUGUCUUAUUCACAAACAAAACCAAGGAGGAGGUAAUAGAGUAUUUUGACUGUGUCAAGGAGACUGAUUAUGCACGGGCUGGUAAUGUUGCAGAGAUGGCAGUGACCCUAGAUGAAGGGCCUUUGGAACAGUUUACACACUCUAUGGAGCCCCAGCUCAGACAGUUAGGACUACCCACAGCCCUUAAAAAAGGAGUAGUUACACUUUUACAGGACUAUGAAGUGUGCAAAGAGGGAGAUGUGCUGACUCCUGAACAGGCCCGCAUUCUGAAAUUGUUUGGGAUUGAGAUGUCAGAAUUCAAAGUGUCCAUAAAGUGUAUGUGGAAUGCUGAGUCUGGGGACUUUAAGAUGUUGCUGGAGGGGGAUGAAGAGGCCUUUCAGAGGAAAAAAUGAAGGCAGUCAUGAGGAGGAGUAUGAGGAUGAAGGGAGUCAAUAAAGCAGAAGAUGAAGAGGCAGUUGACUUUUCUUGGACAUUUUAUUUUCCAAAUGUGUACAUUUUGAAAUCAAGGUUAAAUUUCUGCAUUUUUAUCUUCAGAAAUGCAUGUUCUCCAGACUUUACUAAAUUUGUUUAGGACUUGUACAUCGCUUUUGUACAGCCUGCAUUUGCCACUGUUCCUUCAAACGUACUAUUUUAAAAUGUGUAUUUUAAACCAC